GGGGACUGCUGCUGCAGCAGAGACUGCUUCUGGGGUAUUGAGGCCCCAAAAUUCAAGUGAGGAGAGGGAGUUUGCCCAUAUGUCGCCCCCUAGGAAUGAGUCUACUAAGGCAGGAGAGGGAGAGCCAGUCCUCAAGAAGAAGAGGCAGCAAAAGGAGGCAUCCCCAUCUGAGAGAGUGAAUGAGCAGUCUGCAGCCACUACUGCUGCUAGUGUUGGAAAUGAGACGGGACCUCCUCAAGGUGGGGCCUCCACCUCUGGGAUAUCUCCCAUUGCCACCGCAGAUACCUUGCAUUGUCUUUACUAUGUUACUCUGUUUUGUUGCGUGAAUUUAUGGUGUCAAUGUUUGCAAUGUGUUGUAUCUGUUCUUAGUUAUGUUGUUAUGCUUCACAGGUGGUUUAAACAUUUUUGACCUCCUUGACCUCGUUCAAGGUGUGUGAGGGGGGAGACCAACCCCUCUGAAGAGGUGAAGCAUCCAGAGCCUUCCCCAGAGGAUGACGAUGAACAUGAUGAUAAUACCUGGGCAAGGUAAUGUCGCGGCAAGUGAAGGACCGAAGGUGGGGAUAAAGGUGACCGGAUGCUGUGGCCAAUGGUGAUGAUGUUGCUGGCAAGUCUGAUGCCGCGGCCCAUGGUAGUGAUGCCGUUAUGCAGUCUCAUGUCGCGGCUAAUGAAGAAAGGCACACAGAUGUUAUGGGAGCUAUGCAACAUCAACCCCAUUUUGAAGUUGUUACUGCUGCCACUCCUCCACACCGGAACGGAGUUAUGGUGGAGAGUGAGGAUGAUGAUGAAGAUGAGGAGACCAUCCGGCAACUGCAAGACCGGGUGUUCCAAGGUCAUCCUGGACCCAACAGUGCUACAAUUGCUGGUAAGGGGGCUGGUCAGCCCUAUGUCCCCAAAGAUUGUUGAAGUUCCAAUACUAUAUGGAUGGUAAUGACAACUUCAUUGUUGAAACCAUAAACACCAUGGACUUCUUGACCAAGAUCUGUCCCCCUUUUGACGAUCGGGUGCUUAAGAGGAUGAGCAUCAGGGGUAUCUCCAAUGGCCUCACCACCGGUGCUCUUCGAACUGCUUUUAUGGGCCAUGAAUUGGCCCUUAGGCUGAUCCUGCUGAGCUCAAGGCUCGGAAGGCUGAGAAGAGGAAGAUGGGUCUCCGUUAUUUCCGGCACCUGGUGGAGGAAACCCUGAAGAUAUCUCACCAGCAUGUGGCGGAGCUCGAGGACACCGCAAACCGGGCCAUCAAGCAAACUAGCCAGUUCAGAGAGUUGUUGGACGAGUUCACAGAGAGGGCCCUUGCUGCUGAGCAGCAAGUGACAGUUUUAGAAGUCACGCUGAAGGAGGGCCAAAGCCAAUUUGAAGCCCUCAAGGUGACCGCAGAUGAGGCCGUGAAGGCCUUAGCUUAAGCAAAGGAUAGGGCCUCCGGGUUUGAGGAGAAUGCCAAGUACUUCGAGGGCCUCUUCAAUGAAGCCUCAAAGAAAUAAAACCACACAUUCUGAUUUUCUUUAAGGAAAGCAUCAAAUGACGGAUCGCUGACCCUGGGGGUAGCCGGAAUCCGGGAAAUUAGAGAGGGAACGAAAGAAUUGCUAAGUAAUCUUGGGUAUCAAAUUCAGCAGAGUAAGUGCAAGAGAAUUCUAUUUUGGGUCCCUUUCCACAUGUUCGAAGGUGAUAUUUAUACUAAAAAGGUGAUACUAGGUGCCCAAGUAAAAAGAUGUUAUUCCAUUCUAUUGUGGUGAGGACACAUGUCCUUCCUCUCUAACAGAAUAUAAAAGUUAGUCUAAUAGUACAUUGAAACGUGUAAACGUGAUUGGAG